AACAUUGGAAUAGAAGAAAAUGUUAAGAUGGUUGCGGAUUUGGAGAAGAUGACGUUGGGCGAAUGGCUCGAUUUCUUGGCGGUAUACGAACCUCAACAAAUCAUUGCUGAGAAGGAAGAGAUGCUCGCUGAUAUGAGGCGAAAAGCGGAGAGAUGUCACGAGUUCAUGUUGCAGCAGAAGAAAGCCCAAGGUCAAAUGCUUUGAGCAGAAACCAUUCGAGAAGCUGGUCUUUCAUGGCUUGCGAAGGUAGAGAAGAAGAUUCUCUCAGAAAGGCGAUGAGCGAUCACUAUCCUCUCAACUCAAACUGCUACCAGAUUCUUGAUGAAAUCGGCAGAGGAAUGAGCGCCAUUGUGUAUAAGGCCGUCUGCAUUCCGAUGGAAUCCUCUGUGGUAGCGAUCAAAGCGAUCGAUCUUGAGAAGUCGAAGAUGGAUUUUGAAAAUGUGAGACGUGAGGCCAAGAUCAUGACGCUUCUGUGCCACCCUAGCAUCCUCCGAGCCCACUGCUCCUUCACCGUGAAAAGCUCUCUUUGGGUGGUCAUGCCCUUCAUGUCCGGUGGCUCUCUGCAAUCCAUCAUUGCUUCGUCAUAUCCAGACGGUCUACCGGAGCCAUGCAUCGCCGCAGUUCUCAAAGAAAUCUUGAGUGCUCUGUCCUAUCUUCACGACCAGGGCCAUCUCCACAGGGAUAUCAAGGCCGGAAAUAUUCUUAUAGACUCCAACGGCAUGGUGAAGCUUGCCGAUUUUGGUGUCUCAGCUUCAGUUUACGAGUCGAGUCUGUCUUGUGGUUGGGCUGGAUCCUCAUCUUCAAUGUCUAGGAUGCUGCUUACCGAUGUCACCGGAACACCAUAUUGGAUGGCGCCGGAGGUGAUUCAUUCUCACACAGGGUACGGUAUCAAGGCUGACAUAUGGUCCUUUGGUAUUACUGCUUUGGAAUUAGCCCAUGGGAGGCCUCCUCUGUCUCAUCUCCCUCCAUCCAAAUCGAUGAUGAUGAAAAUAACCAAGAAAUUCCGUUUCUCUGAUCACUAUGACAAGACGAAGGCCAGCAUGAGUAAGAGAUUUUCAAAGUCUUUCAAGGAUAUGGUUGGUUUGUGCCUCGAUCACGACCCCUUGAAGAGGCCAACCGCGGAGAAAUUGUUGAAGCAUUCGUUUUUCAAGAAUUGCAAGGGACCUAAUUUCUUGGUCAAGAAUGUUCUGCAUGGAGUUCCUGCAGUUGAGCAGAGGUUCAAGGGGGCGGAGAUUCAUCGUCUCGGAUCUUUGAGCAGAAGUAGUGAAGACGACGAUGAUGAUGAGGCCGAUGGGCAAAUUGUGAAGCACAGGAGGAUUAGUGGGUGGAACUUCAACGAGGAAGGGUUUGAAUUGGAUCCUGUUUUUCCAGCUGAUGAUGCGGCUGCCAAACAAGAUGUAAUUGAAGAGGAGGGUGAUGGGGAGAAUGAGAGCAGUAAUGCAAGAGGUGUCGAAGGCAGUGAUGGUGGUGGUGGUGCAGUGGUGACUGUCCUGCAGACAAUGUUGGCUUUGAGGGAUAGUUUGGAUGAUCAGAGGCAGAGGGUGGGGCAGAUUAUUGCAUUCCUCAGAGGCGAACAACAACCGGUCGAGGCAACGAGGGAGGAACAGCUGAUGCAGGAGAUUGUGAAUCUGAGGAUGGAGGUGGAGAAUCAGAGGAAGAAGAGGUGUGAUUUGGAGAUGGAGAUAGAAUUCAUGAAGAUGCAGUUUUCCAAUGAAUAGAACCUUGCUAUGCUAAAUUCAAUGUACGAGUCUUAUCAAAUCUUCAUCAUUCUACUCGUGCGAUUGAAUGAGAUGCAAUAUCCGUUUGUAGCAAUAUCAAGAUUCAUGAUUUAUCUACUGAGAUAUUUAUCUAUUUGUAGCAA